GUUUGACGAAUGGAGGCCAAAUGACGAGAGCUAACUGUGCAUGCGUUUGGAAACUGUAUUGCAUGUAUACGCAGGAAUAGCGAUAGCCUACGUGUGUUACAUAUGCGGAAGAACAGGGUUUGUUGUUGUUCAGGAUUUGGUGCCAACGCAGGACUGAAAAUUUGGGGUGGAAUUGCCGAACGGAAUCUAUCCAAAAUGGAAGCUAUUUUGAAGGAACAAAUUAUGAUUAAUCAGUUUGUGUCAGCAGCUGGAUGUAACGCUGAUCAAGCCAGGCAAAUUUUGCAGAAAACACAUUGGCAAUUUGAGACGGCGCUAAGUGUGUUCUUCCAAGAAGCAGCUAUUCCUGCUAAUAACCAUCAGUACUACAGACAAGGGGGACAUUCGAUACAUGCUCCUGCGAACACACCUGCAACACCGCCAAACUUUCCAGACAUUCUCACCAGCUUUUCAAAAUUGGGGGCGACCCCUACGGACAAAUGCCUCGGUGCCUCGCCCAUGGCAAUGGCCACAUCUCCCAUACAAACUGUCCAGCUUCAGCCCAGCUGCUUUGCCCGGCCCAACAGCAAGCAGUCGAUGGAAGUUGAGCCACAGAGGUGAAUCGGCACACGUCCAUUCCCUGUGGCAUUUGUGAUGCGGGCCACACUCGUAAGACUGCUCUUGAAGCUUUGACAAUACUAGGAAAACUCUAUUGAGAAGAUCGAUUAUGUAACGGAAGGCAGCAGAAUAUUGGGUUGUUGUCGGCGCACUGACAGACAUGUAAGGGAGGUCCAAUACGGAAUAGCCAUCACCAUGGAAACAGCAGGGAUUCAUGUGUCUUGCAUGGAACAUAUAUUUUGCAGCUGAUAUUUAGCGUAGCAACUGUCAACAACUUCAUGAAGAUGCGUCAAUCCAUUGAUCAUUCUGCAGGAGCUCCAGCCUUCUCAUGUUGACAUCAAAUGGGAGAUAAUGUACCUGCAAGGUAACAUGUGUGAGAGAAAUAGAAAGUGUAGAGGUCACGUGAGCGUGAAUGUAUAAAUUUGUACCAGGAAUCCACUUCCUCUAUGACUAAGACCAAGAUAGAUUUCAGGAAAUAUUUGGAAGGAGUUACAAGUAAGUUUAAUUCACAUGUAGAAAAGGUGCAUGUGCCAUAUACAUGUGUACUGUAUAUCGAGAUGCAUUUAUGCUUGAAAAUGACCAAGGUUAUGACAAAAGUUGAGGAUAGUGUGUGUGUGUUCAUCAUUGCAUAUUUUACAUAUACAUUUUUGUGUAAGUAUGUACGUUGUAGAUUCUGUGACUACUCAGGAAGACCAUUUCAUUGACCUAUUGUCAUACACACAUACAUGUAAAGCAGCAGUGCAGUACAGUAUGUGAUGUACAGUAAUUUGAUGUUCAUAAAAAAUAUUCCUCGUCAUGUGGAUGACGACGAUAAUGAUGACCUGUUACCUUCAAAAUCAGCUGAGCUAUAAUGGCACAUACAGAAAUGGCAUUGUAAGAGGACGUCUUUUCAAUUAACUCAAGUUUUAACAUACUAUGUACCAUUAUUUAUGCAAAUUUUGUGUUUUUAGUUUAGUGUACAUUGUAGCGAAAUUUAAGUAUUAAUUUGAUACACAUUUUACACUUUUUGUUACCGUACUUCAAACUACAUCUUUACACCCUUAAACAAUUUUGAAGAGGUCUCUACCAAGAAACUUGAGAUUAUUGAAUGGUAAACAAUGGUCUGGUAUUCUUGUCCUGUGCAUGUGAAGGUCAUACAUGGACAUGUGAUCUAUGAGUUUUGUUCUUCAAAAAGAAAUGCAUGUACAUGUACGUACGGGGUACAGCAGGAGUAAACAUUGUGAGUUUGCAAAGUUAUGUAAUGGACAUCAAUGAAAAGAUAGAAAACAGAAGAUUACAGGUGCAUUCAUUUUAAUUUCCUCAUCAUAGACAUGUACAUGUACAUCUAUCUAAUUUGCACAUGUACAUGUACAUGUUAUCAGAGUAUUUGGAAAUACAUGGGCAUUGCUCCUUUUUUUUAAAAUUGAUUUUAUGAUCAACAUUUAGUUGUGAUAUCAUAUUUUUAUUUUCCCCUUGCAUCAUUGUCUGUAAAAGGCAGUUUAUUAUUUAAUUUAGUUGUUGGUACAAAUAUUUUUACAAGUCUGCUAAUUUGAACUUGAAGGGGUACUACAUACAUGUAUAACUGUAUGUGUAGGGUUUGAUUUAUUGUUGACAAGUAUUUUUUUAUGAUUCUACAAUCUACAUGUAGCACAGGUACAUUGUAUGCACUUUUGGACACAGUACAUCAUACAUGUACCUUUACAUUGUGUAACUGUACAUGUAAGUGUAACUAGUAAAUGUACAUCAAUCUAGUAAACAGCUCGGUGAUAUACGGUUUGUAAUGUCUACUUUACAUGCGUCUACAUGUAGGUUUUUUUCUUAAUGUUAUGUUGAGUCUUUGUGAUAUGCAAAUGGUUGUUUGUGUGUGCUGUAUUCUGAAUAUCAUACAUUUAUCCUCAAUCAGCCAUUAUUGUGAUCAAUAUACAUGUAAAAAACAUCAGCAUCUUAUUGAAGGGGAAUUAUAAUGUGUAAAUACUGGUAUGUACAGAAAUAAUGUACAGUACAUACAUGUACAUGUACAUUGAAGUGCCAGUACUUCCAGGAAUUUCCCAGAAAGAUGAUAUUCAUGAUGAUUUGUAUUUUUUAUUUCUACAUGGCAGUUUAUAUGAGACCUGCAUGUAUUACUGUUGAAGAUGAACACAUGUAACCUUUAUGACAAGGUUGUCUUAUAAUUUUUCAUACCCUUUUUAUGUCCGUGAUUGGGAUUUAAAAGUCUAAUGAUUACAUGUAGGUACAAUAUAUUAGUUUACAGAAUGCCCAUUCUAAUUGUGAUUUUGAAACUAGUUCAACCGAGAAAAAAAAAUGUGUUUAAGACAACUAUUAUUCAUUUUUUGGUUUCAUUUUUAAUAAGAUAAUUAAUAUGUACAAAAUUGUACAUGUAGGCAGACAUAUUGGCAUUGAAUGCAAAUUCGCAUUAAAAAAAAUCAGAUUAUGUUUUGUGACCAAAUUCUACCAAAGUAAUUUUUGUUGUAAAAUUAUGCAGAAGCAUGUAUGAUUUUAAGUUUGAUAGUAAUUUCUUUAUGUUAAUGGAUAAUGUCACAAGGUGACAUGACAUGCAUCAUCAUAGACUUUUCUUUGAGACAUUUUUUUCAUGAAACUGCAUAAAAGUACAACAAAGUUUGUAAAAAUAAAAAUCUUUGGCCAUUAUUCAUAAAUAUUUUAGUGGUUUUAGUAUCAAGAAAUUGUAUAAAAAAAAAGAAUAAGAGUCUAUUGAUGUUUUGGAAUCUGAACUUUCUGUAUUUUUUCUUUUCAUUUUUCGCCAUGUGCCAUAUUUAUUCAUGAAGUUAGGAUGUGGGCUUGUUUCAAAAAGAUUUAAAAUGUAUUGCAGAAUUUAAAAUUAAAGCCAAACAUAAAACCUACAUGUUUUAGUUUGAAUUUGGCAUGUAUUAAUUUUGUACAUGUUGAAGUUUAAUACAUGUAGCCUUAAUUCUUUUGUUGAAUUAACAAAAGAGCAUUGUUAUGAAGUGUUUAAUUUCUACUUUUUCUAUACCAAAUAAAACCUACAUGUUGUAGUUGUAAUAUGACAUGUAUUGAUAAAAAAGUGUUAUCUAUAUUAAAGUCAAGAUAAAUAUGACAGGUUUUGUUUCAUUGAUAAUGAAUGUCAAAUAUUACGAACAGGUGUAUAUGCUAUGCCAUGUGUAUCUCAUUCAAAUUCAUAUGAACUUACAUGUACGUGUAUAUGCAAGUAACAAGGUACCAUUGUUAACCAGUUGAAGAUGUACAUUACACACAUGCAUCUUCUGUCUGAUCUUCUUUUUUUUUUUAAGGAAAGGUACAGUAUUCUUUAUUUACAAUAUUAGUAAGUAGUGCAAUUUUGUAGCUGUAGUUUGGAUUCUUGGAUGGGAAGGUAUCUAUAAUAUGUUAAUCGCAUUUAAUAACUAAAACUAACCAUACUGAAGUUAUGUCGACUCCUAUAAAUGCAUCUAUAUGUUGACUCCCGAGAACCUACAUGUACAUGUAUUGAUUAUCGAUCAGGAACAUACAUGUAGCAACACACAUACAUGUAUAUUUGCAAACUAUACAUGUAGGUGUGCUGUUGGAAGUCUUUAAAAACAUGGUUUUACAUGUUCUGGUGUGUAGCCUUUGUACAUGUAGUACAUGUACAUGUAUCUCUGUGACAGCCCUCAUCGCUUUAGAAAGAUGAAACAUAUGUCUGUAAAACUCUGCAUUGAAACAAUAUACAGAUGAUCAUGGUAUUUAUGUUUUUAACCUUUGUACAUUUAGUAGGCCUACGCAUGAAGUUAAUUCUCGGUCUUAUCAUGGAGGUAGAUGGUCUUACAAUGGACCUUCUCGUCGAUGAUUGCAUUUUUUUGCUCAGUGAGCUGUGAGGAUUGACCAUAUGCCAGUGUCCACUUCUACAUUAAUGCCUUUGUCGUUGCUCCAAAUUUAGGUUAAUAUUUCAUCUAUAAUUUAGAUAUUACUUAGUUCUCAUAAGUGAGAAAGAUUUCUUUUUGUACUAUAGGAGUUUAUUUCCUUUGCCUUGAACCUUGAUUUCGUUUCAAGAAACAAGACGGUCAUGUGAUUAUAUGACAUAUGUAAAAUAAUGUUAAACUGUAAUUGUAAAAAGACAGAGAAAAAUAUUAUUGAUAACUGGUGUUUGUACUACUUUGUUCCCAUAUAAAGAUGUUUCAAUAUGUUUUUAUCACAUCAAAAUAUGUUAAUAAAGUGUUGAAAUGACACAUGAAAACAU